AUGGAAUUGAUGGACUUUUGGACCUCUCCUGUCUCGGAUCACCGCCUAAAACUGACUCAAGCAGUACACCACCAAAACCCUUUUCCUGAAUUUAAAAAUUUCUUAUCUAGAUCACAAAAAAGUUAUUGAAAAAUAAAAAAACAACCUAUGUAUAAUACGGACUUUCAAUUUCCAGACUUUCACUCACUUCCAGUGUACACUAUAUGACAUUGCUCUGUUCGAUUCCUUCAGAUCUCUCUUUUUAGUUUUCCAGCUUGUAGAGAGGUACAUUCUUUUCUUUCCCAUUUACCACUAUCUUUUAUUACACUUUUCCUGCUUGAUUAAUACUUAUGCAAGCUCGUCUUAACACCCUUUCUGUAUUUUGGUUCUAACUCUUUAACAGCAGCCAAGAUUGGUAAAGAUUUAAUAUUUAUGCUUAAGUGGGAGGGAGAGAUUCAUUAUCUUUAAAGAAAAUGGAGGAUUGUAUAGAUUUUACGCAGUGGCUUGGACCAGACAUGUCCAUAAAGAUUCUUUCUUGUUUGGAGGACCCGUCUGAUCUUGUUCGUGCUAGCGCCGUCUCCACCUCCUGGCACCAAUUAGUGAUCGAAAGUGGUUUGUGUAAACACCUAUGCUUGAGGGUGUUUCCCGAAAUAGCAGGCCUAACUGAUGUCAUCGAAAAAAAACACGCGAGUGACACCACAGAAGUUGAGCAUGACAAAAAGGAUGCCAAGUUGUCACGUCUGGAGAGAGAUCAUCAAGCUUAUGCAUUUCUCAGCAGAGGUCUAAGUUCUUUCAUGAUGAAAAAUUGCAUCACAGAAGCGGUUUGUGCAUCAAGCACCGAUAAUUACCCAGAAGAAAGCAUACAGAAUACUUUACUCCCAAGUGAUAUGGUGGGUCACAGAGCUUCGUACUGGUCAAGCAAAGGAGAAAGUGAUCCCACUGUUCCAGAGACUCUCACAUAUAAACUAGCUUCAAAGUUGUGUUUGAUUACUGAGAUUCAUGUACAGCCAUUUCAAGCCUAUUUUCAGUUUGGUUUCCCCAUAUAUUCAGCAAAGGUGGUGCGUUUCAGAUUGGGGCAUCGUCAGGUACCUAUGGAAUCAGACAGAAAUAAUAUCACGGAUGAGCAAGGAGCGGUUAAGGGACCUCUUGGCGAAAAGUUUGUGUGGACAUACACCUCACCUGAAUUCCCAAUGGUUCAAGAGAGGAAGCUGCAAAAGUUCAAGCUGCCAGAACCUGUUCUUUGCAUUGGAGGAAUUUUGCAAUUACAACUCCUGGGCAGAGUGCAGAGACAAGAAGUGGAUGGCUUAUUUUAUAUAUGUGUGGCCCACGUUCGAGUUGUUGGGAGACCGCUCUCGCCUGCAUUUGAUGUUGAAAUUCUUGAUCAAUCUGGAAAGUUCUGCUUGAAGUAUUAUCCAGAAGAAAAGAAUCUGGCCAAGUCUGGUGAUGAGCAUUUGAGUGGCUCGUCUCGUUUUAAUAGGCUUGCUGCAAGCAUUAGAAGCUGGGAGCAAACAGUUCUGAACACGGUGCUUGGAGUGGGAGGAGUUGUUGGUAUUGAAGAAGAAGAUGAUGACGACGACGAAGCUGCUACUUAGAUGAAUGUUUGUUGUGCGUGUUUGUAUCAUUUGCCAUUUUCUUUUGUGCUUGAAUUUGGCUGUCUUUUUUCUUUGAAUCUUACCUGUUUUAAAAAAUUAUGAGUAAAGAAAUAAGCCUUGUGAUGGGAUGGAAGUAUACUUUACUCCUCAAUACAAUGUGUAAUCACGAUAGUAAUAAGGUUGCGUGCUUUUCGAUAUUACAGAAAUGGAGGAAAAUGCAAAGUUCGGGAUCUCCCUUAUUUUAAAGUAACAGGACUUUUGAUAAGACGAAAUUGAAGAGUUUCAUUUUAAUAAUUU